GUGGUCGAACCUGCGCUGACGAAGCAGAUUCUUCCGCAUUCCAACUCCAUUGUGAGCCAUCUGCCUUCCAUCUACACGCGGCUCUCCAUCCUUGGCCCUCAUGUUCCAAGUAUUGUCCGGAUUCUGGACCAGUAUCUGGACAUUGUCGAGCCGCAUUUGGACCGAAUCAUGGAGCGAAUGGACCGCAUCGAGCCGCACUUGCCAUACAUCUUGCUGCACCUGGACGUGUUGGCAAAGCACUGCGGCCCACUACUGGACCAUUUUGACCUUCUCAUGCCCUACGCAGAGUUAGGUCGGGAGCGUCCGCCGGUUGAUUUGGAGCAGUGCUUCGAUGAGCCUCAAAUUGGAAAGGUGGAGGAGUGCCUUGUGGACAACCUCUUGGAGAGCUGGCAAGGAAACGCAGCUGCGCGAGUGGAGGAGAACUCCUACUUACCCAAGCUCCUCCCUUACGUGGACUUCCUGGUCCCACGCCUUGACACACUUGCUCCGCACCUGCCACUGGCGCAUCC